GGCUACAGCAUCCGCAUUCACUGCGCAGAUGUAUGAUCUGUCACCCGGCUUUUGGAUACCACCCACCCUCAGACCGCUGCCAACCUGCAACAGGACAUAUUUAAAAGAGCAAAAAUCAGUCAGUCGUGCUCAGUAGAUGUUUCAUCUCAAUCGUGAACGGAACGCGACGCCAGAUAAAGGGGAAAUAAUCUGCCUGUAAAAUGUCAACGCGAGUUUAGAAAACAGACUUUAAACUAGUGAUAGAUUCAGAAAGUAUCAAAUCCAAACUAGUCGACAAACGGUGUUCCACAAGUAAACGUAGCCAAAAUGCAGCCAAGUGUCGGCAAUAAUAAUGCGCUGCUUUUAUUGGUAUUGCUGCUGAUGCUGCAAAAUGCAUUCAACUGGCGAACGACUCUGGCACUGCCCGACGUUAUCAAAAUCGGUGGACUAUUUCAUCCCUCUGACGACCAUCAGGAGCUCGCCUUUCGCCAAGCCGUCGAGCGCAUAAAUGCCGACCGCUCGAUUUUACCCCGGUCUAAACUUGUCGCCCAAAUUGAGCGCAUUUCGCCAUUUGACAGCUUCCAUGCCGGCAAACGAGUUUGUGGCUUGUUGAACAUUGGUGUUGCUGCAAUUUUCGGUCCGCAAUCCUCGCACACUGCCAGCCAUGUGCAAAGCAUUUGCGACAACAUGGAGAUACCACAUUUGGAGAAUCGCUGGGAUUACCGACUGAGACGUGAAAGUUGUCUGGUGAAUCUUUAUCCUCAUCCAAACACGCUCUCCAAGGCUUAUGUGGAUAUUGUGCGCCACUGGGGCUGGAAGACUUUUACCAUUAUCUAUGAGAAUAACGAUGGCAUUGUGCGACUGCAGGAGCUGCUAAAGGCUCAUGGCAUGACACCGUUUCCAAUUACUGUGCGCCAGCUCAGCGACAGCGGAGACUAUCGUCCUCUGCUGAAACAGAUUAAGAACUCGGCGGAGGCGCAUAUUGUGCUGGAUUGCUCUACAGAACGGGUUCAUGAAGUGCUCAAGCAGGCACAACAGAUCGGCAUGAUGAGCGACUAUCAUAGCUAUUUGGUCACAUCUCUGGAUCUGCAUACUGUGAACCUGGAUGAGUUUCGUUAUGGCGGCACAAACAUCACUGGCUUCCGCCUCAUCAAUGAGAAAGUCGUCUCGGAUGUGGUGCGUCAGUGGAGCAUCGAUGAUAAGGGCAUGCUGCGUUCGGCUAAUCUAACAACUGUCCGCUCCGAGACGGCGCUCAUGUACGAUGCAGUGCAUCUGUUUGCCAAGGCGCUGCAUGACCUGGACACCUCGCAGCAGAUUGAUAUACACCCGAUCAGUUGCGAUGGCCAAAGCACCUGGCAGCAUGGCUUCAGCCUAAUUAACUACAUGAAAAUUGUAGAGAUGAAGGGCCUGACUAAUGUGAUUAAGUUUGAUCAUCAGGGAUUUCGUACAGAUUUUAUGCUGGACAUCGUUGAGCUUACACCGGCCGGUAUACGAAAAAUAGGCACCUGGAACUCAACGUUGCCCGAAGGCAUCAACUUUACUCGCACCUUCAGCCAGAAACAGCAAGAGAUCGAGGCAAAUCUGAAGAACAAGACAUUGGUGGUCACAACCAUAUUGAGCAAUCCUUACUGCAUGCGCAAGGAAUCAGCCGUGCCUUUAACGGGUAACGAUCAGUUUGAAGGCUACGCAGUGGAUCUAAUACACGAGAUAUCUAGAUCGCUGGGCUUUAACUAUAAGAUUCAGCUUGUGCCCGAUGGCAGCUACGGCAGCUUAAAUAAAAUGACUGGCGAGUGGAACGGCAUGAUACGCGAGCUGUUGGAGCAGCGCGCCGAUCUGGCCAUAGCCGAUCUCACAAUCACCUUUGAGCGCGAGCAGGCUGUUGACUUUACCACUCCAUUUAUGAACCUUGGAGUCUCUAUACUCUAUCGCAAGCCAAUCAAACAACCGCCCAAUUUGUUCUCCUUUUUGUCGCCUUUAUCUCUAGAUGUUUGGAUCUACAUGGCCACAGCAUAUCUGGGCGUCUCUGUACUGCUUUUUAUAUUAGCCAAGUUCACGCCCUACGAGUGGCCUGCCUAUACCGAUGCCCAUGGCGAGAAGGUUGAAAGUCAGUUCACAUUGCUCAAUUGCAUGUGGUUUGCCAUUGGAUCUCUUAUGCAGCAGGGCUGCGAUUUUCUACCCAAAGCUCUGUCAACUCGCAUGGUAGCUGGCAUUUGGUGGUUUUUCACUCUUAUCAUGAUCUCCUCUUACACUGCCAAUCUUGCUGCAUUUUUGACUGUUGAACGCAUGGAUUCGCCCAUUGAAAGCGCCGAGGACUUGGCCAAGCAGACGAGAAUCAAGUAUGGCGCUCUCAAAGGCGGUAGCACAGCGGCGUUUUUCAGGGACUCUAAGAUCUCUACAUAUCAGCGCAUGUGGUCCUUUAUGGAAUCGGCACGUCCCUCGGUCUUUACAGCCAGCAAUGGUGAAGGUGUUGAGCGCGUGGCCAAGGGCAAAGGUUCCUAUGCAUUUCUAAUGGAGUCCACAUCCAUUGAGUAUGUCACCGAACGUAACUGUGAGCUAACCCAAGUGGGCGGCAUGCUUGAUACAAAAAGCUAUGGAAUAGCCACGCCGCCAAACUCGCCUUAUCGCACUGCCAUCAAUAGCGUCAUACUCAAGCUCCAGGAGGAAGGCAAGCUGCACAUCCUGAAAACCAAAUGGUGGAAGGAAAAGCGCGGAGGUGGCAAAUGCCGUGUUGAAACCUCAAAAUCAUCGUCGGCAGCCAAUGAGCUGGGUCUGGCCAAUGUGGGCGGCGUAUUUGUGGUACUUAUGGGCGGCAUGGGCGUGGCGUGUGUCAUAGCCGUAUGUGAAUUCGUGUGGAAGUCACGCAAAGUAGCCGUUGAGGAGCGUCUGAGCGCAAUUCUAAAUGAAUGAGGAAAAUUGUAAACCCAUGAUGAAUGGGUUUAAAAUGGGUCGGUCGACAGUUUGGACCAGGAAUAUAAACAAUGCAGGCACAGCUAACUGCAACGCAUUAAUCCCAACACGUAGUAUAGCUAUUUAUAAAUAUACUCUGGCAUACUCGUUAAGUAGUGCACUGAAGGAUGGAGAGGAAAUGCUAUUUGGGUAAGCACAGAAGAGUGGCGCCACCAAUGAAUUUGACGUUUCACACAGAGCAUUUUCAAAGGCAGCAAUAGUUGAGAAUCCAACAUAUAUAUACAAGCAAAAGCUAUCGAAAAAUA